AUGCCUUGAUAAGACCAGCAGUUUGAGGUGGCUUUCGGCUCUAUCAUGUGACAGUGAAUCCUUGUGAUAUAGCGUCGCGGUGUUUCUAGACGAUUGAUCGCUUGUUUCGACAAUUUGGCCGAAAUUGUUAUGCUCCUAUGCUGCUGGAGACUCAUUGAGAAGUAGGGAGGUUGCAGCCGCACUCCCAGCACCAGUCUGCAGGAGUAUACCAUAACGUGGUCAGCGAGAGUCGACGAUGGACGUCGAGGAGGUUUUGGAGAGGAUCAACGGCUGGGGCCGCUACCAGAAGGCCGUCUACCUGCUGGCCUGCCUGACGCCCAUUUUCGCGGCCACCGUCACUGUCGGCUACUCGUGGACGGGAUACAUCAGCGACCACAGGUGUCUGGUGGAAGAGUGCGAGGACCCCAGCAAUGCCACCUACGACGCGCCGUUCCUGCGCUGGUCCACGCCGGCGGACGCCGACCACACGUGGAGCCGCUGUCAGAGGUACCGGCCCACCUCAGUCGGAGGCUGCACCAACACCAGCUUCUUCACCAACCAGACCGAGUCGUGCUCCCGCUGGGUGUACGACAAGUCCGUCAUGGAGAGCACCGUGGUGUCAGAGUUUGACCUGGUCUGCGACAGUGCCAAGCUGCAGCCACUGGUCAGCAGUCUGUUCUUCGUGGGCACAGCGCUCGGCUCCGUCAUAAGUGGCUUCGUGGCCGAUCGGUACGGCCGUAUGAUAGCUCUGAUGUGCAGCAUCGUCGGCACGGGUCUGUUCGGCGGCCUCGGCGCCCUGGCCUCCAGCUACGGCACAUUCACGGCCAUGAGGUUUCUGAGCUCCAUUUGUCAGUACGGACUGUUCGGAGUCGCCUUUGUCUGGUGUACAGAAUUCACGUCGAUAGAAGUCCGUGCCUUUUGCGGCAUUAUCAUCAACAUAUUCUUCGCCAUCGGCGAGGCUCUGUCUGGAGUGUUCCCGAUAUUUGUCAAGGACUGGACGUCACUGCAGCUCAUCUACUCGGUCCCCGUACUCAUCUUUGUCUCAUACUGGUUCCUUGUUCCUGAGUCUCCUCGAUGGCUGAUGGCUACAAAUCAACCGAAGAAGGCAGAGCAAGUGCUGAGGAAGAUUGCGAAAUGGAACGGGACUACAUUCCCUGAAGAGCUGCUUAAAAGGAAUAACGUCGAAAGCACGGAAGAGUCUCCUUCUACUACUGAAAGCUUCCUAGACGCAAUGAAAUCUCCUGUACUUCGUCUCCGAGCAAUUAUCCUUUGCCUGCAAUGGUUCGUCGUCACUCUGGUUUACUACGGCAUCGGCAUGGUGUCUACCGAGUUCGGCGGCGACGUCUACGUCAACUUCAUCCUGACGAUGCUCAUCGAGAUCCCCUCCUACCUCUUCUGCGCCUUCACCAUCAACCCACUGGGACGAAAGCUGGUGAUUGGCGGCGCGUUUGCACUGACAGGACUGGGAACGAUCCUCUGCGCCGUGGUGCCAGAUGAUGCCGACCUGGAGUGGCUGAUAACCACGCUGGCUCUGCUGGGAAAGUUCGGCGCCGCCUCGGCCUUCUCCACCAUGUAUCUGUACACGGCCGAGCUGUACCCGGACGCGCUGCGGGCCAAGGGCGUCGGGUUCGCCUCCACCUCCGGUCGACUAGGCGCCAUCAUCGCACCCUUCAUCGCCGACCUGGGUCAGGGUGACACCACCCUUCCACUGUGUAUAUUCGGCGUGACCGGUCUGGUGUCUGCUGGACUGACCAUGCUGUUGCCGGAGACCAGUGGUCAGGACCUGCCAGUCACCAUAGCCGAAGCGAUCGAUUUCGGAAAGGGCCAGUCGCUGCUGCCAAUUCCGUGUCUGGUGGCCCGUCGGCAGAGAAAACGGGAGCACCUCAGAGGGUUCGACGGACCCCAGAUACAGCUGCCAGACACAGAAGGAAACGCAGAGGACCAGGGACACACAAAGGCAGUCUGACUUACUUCUCAAAAUUACUACACAAUACACAUAUAUGAACAAACAUAAAUAGUUUUUUAAUGUGCUGUGUUGUGUCCUCGCUGCCGAAGACGCGUUGUGAAUUAUCACUGGAUGAUGAUGACGGUAGAAAAUGGAGGAGGCAAAACAAGGAUUACAAAACAAGGAUUAAAACAUUAAACAAGGAUCACAUAGGUAUGAUGUGAUGUAGAUUGAAAUAUCAUGC